GGUUCUGUCCCUUUCCUUGUUAGUACAACUUGUGGGACAACUGUUUUAGGUGCUUUUGAUCCCCUCCCAGACAUCGCUGAAGUGUGUGAGCAACAUGGUAUUUGGUUACACGUUGAUGCUGCUUGGGGAGGCAGUGCUCUUUUAUCCAACCGCCAUAGGCACCUCCUGAAUGGAAUUGAAAGAGCAAAUUCAGUAACCUGGAAUCCCCAUAAACUGCUGGGUGCUGGUUUGCAGUGUUCUGCUUUUCUCCUCCAAGACACAACGGGCUUGCUGGAGAGAUGCCAUGCAGCCAAUGCAGUUUAUUUGUUCCAAACUGACAAGUUUUACAGCCAGAAAUUCGACACUGGAGAUAAGUCAAUUCAAUGUGGCCGCAGAGUGGACUGCCUGAAGCUUUGGCUUAUGUGGAAGGCACUUGGAACCAAAGGACUGGAGAAACGAGUGGAUACGAUCUUCGAGAAUGCCAGAUACUUGGCAGAGGAAAUAAAACGGAGGGAGGGAUACCUGCUACUGAUGGAGCCAGAGUUUGUAAAUGUAUGUUUUUGGUAUGUGCCACCAAGCCUCCGACAUCAAGAAGAGUCCCCAAACUUCUGGGAUAAACUAGGAAAGAUUUCCCCAAUAGUAAAGGAGAGGAUGAUGAAGAAAGGAUCAAUGAUGGUUGGAUACCAGCCCCAUGGAAACAGGGUUAAUUUCUUCAGACAGAUUGUGGUCAAUCCUGAAGUGACAAAAGAAGAUCUAGACUUUUUCCUGGAUGAAAUAGAACGAUUGGCAGAAGACCUGUAA